ACGGGGUCGGGGCCGUGGGCCGCCGCCAUGGUGUACAUCUCUAACGGACAAGUGUUGGAUAGCCAGAGUCGGGCUCCUUGGCGCUUGUCAUCUAUAACAGAUUUUUUGUGGUCGAUAGCAGAUUUUGUGGUUCUGUUUUUCCAGAGUAUUAUUCAACCAGAUUUGAGAAGAAGAGGCUACACAUCUUCCUCCUAUUCAGGAUACAAUGAUGGAAGAGGGCCUCCAGCACAACCUCGACGUAGGAUGGGUCGAAUAAAUCACUGGGGUGGAGGCCCCAGUCCACCACCAAUGGCUGGAGGUGGAUGAGGAAGGUAA